CUCUCUCUCUCUCUCUCUCUCUCUCUCGGAUUCAUGUCGGAAAAAGGUCAGCCAUUGCCAAAGUUCGGUGAAUGGGAUGUCAAUGACCCUGCUUCAGCCGAGGGGUUUACUGUCAUCUUUAACAAGGCAAGGGAUGAAAAGAAGACUGGUGGCCAGCCCGAAUCUCCAGCAAAGGUCAACCCUCAAGUUAAGCACUCCGUUGAUCCGAGCAAACCUCCAACUAAGAAAUGGUUUUGCUGCAUUCAGAGCCCAGCAGAAUCUUGACGAGGCUCUCUGGCGAGGAGAUUACAAAGAAGUCAGCCGUGGCUAGGCUAAAGCAGCCCCAGAAUAUUCACUUGAAGAAGAUACAGGCAGCUUAGAGCCAUUGCUAUUCUUGCUGAAAUCGCUCUUCUUGGUGUAAAUGUGGGGUUUGUGGGGCUGAGUAAAAUAAUGACGCCUUAAUCUUACUAUAAUCUAUCAGCAGUAUGCUUCUCUCUCUUGCUUUCUCUCUCUCUCUCUGCUUAGUUCUAUCGCUAAUUUAUUAAGUGUCUGCUUUCUGUAUUUAUGAAUUGGAUCUGUCUAUGAAAUGCCUUUGCCUAUUUUCCCGUCUGGUUUAGUUUGUUGUUGUACAUCGUGGUUGAAGGCAUAUAAAUACGAGCUUAUGACCUUUUCCUCUUU